AUGUCUCUGACCAAGAGCGAAAGGGCCAUCAUCAUGUCCAUUUGGGACAAGAUCUCCAUGCAAUCUGAGAUCAUCGGCACUGAGACUCUGGAGAGGCUGUUCUCAAGCUUCCCGCAGACCAAGACCUACUUCCCGCACUUCGACCUGCACCCAGGGUCGCCACAGCUGCGCACGCACGGCUCCAAGGUGGUGGCCGCCAUCGGCGAUGCAGUCAAGAACAUCGACAACAUCGCCAGCGCCCUGACCAAGCUGAGCGAGCUGCAUGCCUACAUCCUGCGCGUGGACCCGGUCAACUUCAAGCUCCUGUCCCACUGUCUGCUGGUUACCCUGGCUGCGCACUUCCCUGCCGAAUUUACUGCUGAGACCCACGCCGCCUGGGACAAGUACCUGUCUAUCUUGUCCUCCGUCCUCACUGAGAAAUACCGUUGAGCGCCGCCGUCGGGACCCCUCCCUUGCCCCAGAGCCCUCCCGCAACCCCCAAUAAAUUAGAUGAG